AUGAGUAAUAAGAGUUCAAUUGAAGUAUCAAGAGAGACAAAGUCCUCAUCCCAAGUAUUCACAAGUUCAACCACAUCUGAAGUAACGCAACAACAACAACAAAGAACAGGAGUAUGGAAUAAUUUUAUUGAUUCAUUUAAACCACCAGUACAUAAAACACAUGAUUUAGAAUCUAGUAGUAAAUUAGAAGGAGAAGAAGAAAAUGGACAUUUACAACAAACUUUAAGUAAACGUCAAUUACAAAUGAUUGCAUUAGGUGGAUGUGUUGGUUCUGGUUUAUUAGUUGCAUCAGGUUUAGCAUUACAAAAUGGUCCAGCAAGUGUUUUAGUUGCAUGGUUUGUUGUUUCAACAUUUUUAUAUUGUACAAUGCAAUGUCUUGCAGAAAUGUCUUCAGUUUAUCCAGUUUCUGGUUCAUUUGCAGUUUAUUCUAUUCAAUUUAUUGAUCGUAGUUGGGGUGUUGCCAUGGGUUAUAAUUAUGCUAUGUUUUGGGUUAUUGUCAUGCCUUUAGAAUUGGUUGCAAGUUCAAUGACUAUUAAAUUUUGGCCUUCGGAUAUUAAUACUGCCGUUUGGGUUGCGGUUUUUUAUGUUUUAAUUAUUGGUUCAAAUUUAUUUGGUGGUACUAGAGCAUUUGGUGAAACUGAAUUUGUUGCUUCAAUCAUUAAAUUAUUGGGUAUUGUUGGGUUUAAUAUUUUAGCUAUUGUUUUAAUUUGUGGUGGUGGUGAUCAAGGUUAUAUUGGUGGUAAGAAUUGGACUUCAUCAACUGUUUUUGUCACUGGAUUUAAAGGUUUUAUUAAUUGUCUUUUAACUGCUACUUAUUCUCUUGCAGGUACCGAACUUAUUGGUAUGGCUUCUGGUGAAGCUGCAAAUGCUCGUAAAACUUUACCAAAAGCUAUUAAACAAGUUUUAUGGAGAAUUUUAAUUUUCUAUUUGUUGACUUUAACUUUGGUUGGUUUCUUGGUUUCUGCAAAUGAUCCAGAAUUGGCUGGUAAUGGUAAUGGUGCUUCUGCAUCUCCAUUUGUCAUUGCUAUUAGACAAGGUGGUAUUAAAGGAUUACCAUCUGUUUUCAAUGUUGUUGUUCUUGUUGCCCUUUUAGCCAUUGCCAAUUCUGCCGUUUAUGGAUUUUCUAGAACCAUUUUGGGUUUGGCUGAACAAGGUGUUGCUCCAUCUUGGUUUAAAUAUGUUGAUAGAAGAGGUAGACCAACUGUUGGUAUUGCAUUUGCAGCUUUUAUUGGUUUAUUGGCAUUUGUAUCUGCUUCAUCAAAACAAGAUGAAGUUUUUGCUUGGUUGGUUGCUUUAUCUGGUUUAUCUACAUUUUUCACAUGGGGUAGUAUUAAUGGAGCUUAUAUUAGAUAUAGAAGAGCCAUGUACGUUCAAGGAAGAUCAUUGGAUGAAAUUCCAUAUAAAGCAAAUACUGGUGUUUGGGGUGCUUAUUAUGGUUUAAUUAUGAAUAUUGUUGUUUUAGGUUUACAAUUUUGGCUUGCUUUAUUCCCUAUUGGUGAAAAACCAGAUGCUACAUAUUUUUUCAAAACUUAUUUAGCUGCUGUUAUUGUUUUAGCAACUUAUCUUGUUCAUAAAGUAUGGACCAGAAAUUGGAUCUUUUUGAUUACUGCUAAAGAUAUUGAUCUUGAUACUGGUAGAAGAGAUUUGGAUGUUGAACUUCUUAGACAAGAACUUGAAGAAGAAAAAGAAUUGUUGAGAUCAAAACCAUGGUAUAUCAAAAUGUACCGUUUCUGGUGUUGA